CACACCCCCUUUUCCCGCCCCCGGCCGCUCCAUGAGGGUCUGGCGCGCGCUGCGGCGGGCGGCCGCUUCCUCAUCCUCCUCCUCUUCCUCAUCCUCAUCCUCUUCUUUUCCUGCCGACGGGAAGCCUCGCAGGCGGGCAUGGGGGACUUCGCUGUCGCCGCUGGAGCGGGUGAGGCGGCUGCUGCCGCCCGAGGAAGCGGCGGCGGUGGCGCGGGGCGCGGCGGCGGCAGCGCCGGAGCUACCUCAGGCUCGCCCUGAGAAGGAGGAAGAGGAGGAGGUGCCGCUGAUUGUCCCCCGUCAGGCGUUGGUUGGGGCGGCGGGUCCGCGCUCCGGCCCUUUCCGCGCCGGGGAGCUGGCGCUGGCGGAGGUGCCGAGGAAGAACAACUGGACGCUGAAGGUGCUGUGCCGGCUGGCGGCGGAGGCGGUGCUGAGCAGCCCCAGCGGGCUCCUGCCCCACCGCGACAUCAUCGGGCAGCUGCCCGGGCAGGUGCUGCGCACGUCGGCCGGGAAGCGGCUGCUGCUGAGGCGGCCCUCGCUGGACGAGUAUGUGCUGCUCAUGCCGCGGGGAGCCACCAUCGCCUACCCCAAGGAUAUAAGUGCUCUGCUAAUGAUGGUGGAUCUCCACCCGGGAGACACCGUGCUGGAAACUGGCAGCGGGUCCGGUGCUAUGAGCUUGUUUCUGUCAAGAGCAGUUGGGCCCACAGGCCGUGUUCUGAGUUAUGAGAUCAGAGAGGAUCACCAUAAUUUAGCAAAGAAGAAUUACAGGCACUGGCGCUCUGCGUGGCAAAUCGGACACACGGACGAGUGGCCAGAUAACGUGGAGUUCAUUCUGAAAGACAUUUCAGCAGCUGCUGCAGAUCUGAAAUCUGUAACACUUGAUGCAGUAGUUCUGGACAUGCUGGACCCUCAGUGUGCUCUGCCUGUCGUACACCCAAGCCUGAAACAAGGUGGGGUGUGUGCUGUGUACUUGGCAAACAUCACACAGGUUAUUGACCUUUUAGACAGAAUACGGAGCUGCAAGCUUCCCUUUUUGUGUGAAAGGAUAAUUGAGGUAACUCACAGGAGCUGGUCAGUACUCCCUGCUAAACUCAAGCAUAACAAAUCAAGCCACAUGGUGGGAACUCAAGAAAAUAUUGAAGAACCACCUCAAAAUGAAUAUGAAGAAAUCCAUAUUCAGGAUGAAGCAGUUCUUAAGGAGAGCGAAUACAAUGAGUCACUCAGUGCUGCUGCUGAAACAAACCACUCAGUGCCUUACAUUGCCCGACCAUCCCACUGGCAGGAAGCUCAUUCAGCGUUCCUUACCAAGCUGAGAAAGUUUGGACCACUGCUUUCUUGAUGCUGCUGCCUCCUUAGCUGCUAAUUUGAGUAUUGUAUCAGAAUGAAAUAAAACAUGACAAAGUAGAUGCUA